AUGAGCGAAGAGACACCGCAUCCGUCCAGAAUCCCCUACUGGCGCCAGGUCCUCCAGCCGGGCGCCGUGACCCAGGAGGUCGUUGAUUACCCGUACCGGGGCUCCGGCACCGAAGACGAUCCCUACGUCGUCGAAUGGAUCCCCAACGACCCGCGCAACCCCCUUUUGUUCUCGAAUGCGAAAAAAUGGUCGAUCACCAUGCUGGUCGCCAUGGCCACGCUCGCCGUUGCCCUCAUCUCGUCCGCGUACACCGGCGGCGCCAACCAGAUCAUGCAGGAGUUCAAUGUGGGCACGGAGGUCAUGAUACUGGGCGUGUCCCUCUUCGUGCUAGGGUUUGCGAUCGGCCCGCUGCUCUGGGCCCCCAUGAGUGAGUUGUUGGGCCGCCAGGUCCUCUUCUGCGGCACGUACAUGGCCUUGACGGCGUUCAAUGCCGGCGCGGCGGGCAGCCAGAACAUCUGGACGCUGAUCAUCCUACGAUUCUUCGCCGGCUCGUUCGGGUCGUCACCCCUCACCAACGCCGGCGGUAUCAUCGCGGACAUGUUUUCGGCUUCUCAACGGGGCUUGGCCAUGGGCAUGUUCUCUGUCGCGCCGUUCCUGGGGCCGGUGCUGGGGCCCAUAAUCGGCGGGUUCUUGGGCAUGACCUCGGGCUGGCGGUGGGUCGAAGGCUUCCUGGCCAUCUUCUCUGGCGCGCUCUGGAUCAUUGGCUCCCUGUUGGUCCCGGAAACCUAUGCCCCGGUGCUCCUCCGCAAGCGUGCAAAGACCCUGUCGCGACUCUCGGGCAAGGUGUACCGCAGCCGGAUCGAGAUCGACCAGGGCCGCGUCACGGUCGGCGAGGCGUUCGCGACGGCGCUCAGCCGACCAUGGAUCCUGCUGUUCCGCGAGCCCAUCGUCUUCUUGCUGUCCCUCUAUAUGGCUAUCGUAUACGGCACGCUCUACCUGCUGUUUGGCGCCUUCCCGAUUGUGUACCAGCAGGUCCGCGGGUGGAAUGAGGGCGUGGGCGGGCUGGCCUUCCUCGGCGUGCUCGUGGGGAUGCUGAUCGCGGCAGCGCUGAACAUCGUCGACAAUAACCGGCGCUAUAUCCCCGUGGCGCAGCGGCACCACGGUUUUGCGCCUCCCGAAGCGCGGUUGCCGCCGUCGAUGGUCGGCGGGGUGGCCAUCCCCAUCGGGCUGUUCUGGUUCGCGUGGACCAACUACCCGUCCAUUCACUGGCUGGCGUCGAUCGCGGCGGGGGUGCCGUUUGGCUUUGGCAUGGUGCUGGUGUUUCUGGGGGUCAUGAACUACCUGAUCGACUCGUACACGAUCUACGCGGCGUCGGUCCUGGCGGCAAACUCGGUGCUGCGGUCCCUCUUCGGGGCGGCAUUUCCGCUGUUCACACGGUACAUGUACCGGGACCUGGGUAUCCACUGGGCGUCAACGAUCCCGGCGUUCCUGGCGCUCGCGUGUGUCCCGUUCCCGUUCCUCUUCUACCGGUACGGCGCGCGCAUCCGCUUGCGGUGCGCGUUUGCGGCCGAGGCGGAGGCGUUUAUGCGACGGCUGCAGCAAUCCAGCGUUGCGCCCGCGGAAAAGGGAGGGAGGGAGGAGCAAGGAGAGAAAGGGGAGGAGGAGGAGGAGGCGUCUCGCGAAUCCACGCCCGAGAGCGAACCGAGCGGACUGGACACCGCAUCCGCAACCACACGCGCGGAAGACGAACGCCGCUUCGUGCUGGAGCCGAUCCGGCCACUGAGCAGACCGGCGACGCGCACGCGGCGUGCGUCCUCGGUAGGGUCCAGCGAGUAUGCGGGCAACCCGUACGACAUUGAUCGCGUCAACACGCGGACGUCGGUGGUGUCUGGGCGGCGGGGGUCGACGAAAACGCACUGA